CGUCUGCGGCUCACAGCACAGACACGCCAUUCCACGUCGAGCUCUCGUUAGACGCACGCGUACUGCUCGCUUUCCGCAAUCAAAACAGAGAAGACUUGGACAGAAAAUAAGGAAAAAUAUGGACGACGACGGACUGCCCCUUUAUCCUCAGGUUUACCCCAACGCCAAAAUGGAGCGUAAGGAACCAGUCCCUCAGAUGGCACCGGCUGCAGUCCCACCAAUGCAGACUGGCCAGUUGCUAGGCCCAGAGAACACUGUCACAGUGUGUCAGUUCUGCAAAGCAUCCAUCAAGACUGCUGUCAAGUUCACCACGACGUCGCGCACACACAUCGCCGCUGCACUUUGGGGCCUGUUAUGUUGCCUCUGCUGCGUGCCAUAUGGAGCAGAGUCCGCGAAGAAUUCGGACCACUACUGCCCCAACUGCCAGCGUUACCUCGGAACCUACGUCAAGUAGAAACAGGGUUUCUUAAUACUUGAGCACUGUCUUCAUCUCAAGUGCAAAGAUAAUCAACUGGAUCGUUUAUGCGCAAAAUUAUGAUUAAUUUGAUUGACGUAAACGAUUAUUGCAUUAUCUUGAACAAAACGAAAAUAUAAUCGUGGUUAAUCAGAGUUUAAAUAUAAGUUUAAUUACAAAAAGCAUUUAUUCAUUGCAAAUAAACAUUUUGUGGUGCCUUUUUUAUUUUAGUGUUACAAAUAUUAUGAUUUUUUUAUAUCUUUGAAACUAUGAACAUUAUAAGAAAAACACAAUUAUAAAGUUUUGAAGCCAUUUUUAUAAGACUUAUUUUGUACUGCGUUUUAACAUCAAAAUGUAAAAGAUUGUGAUAAUUAAAUAAACAUACUUAUUUUAAAA